AUGGCAGUGCAUGGGACCGAAAGUGAAAACUCUAGUUUCAAAGAAUCCCUCGUAUCAGGUCUGGGUUACAGGGCAUUCUGUUGGUGCUGCCUUAGCGUCCUUGGCGAGUGCUUGGCUUGCUUAUUACAACAUCGCUGCACGUCAAAACAUCCUCGAGUUGGCGACUACAAAAACGCUCUGCAACACGAUCAGUUAGUCAACAGCAGUUGGAGGGUUGUUAAAUUUGACGACAUAGUUCCUAUUCUGCAACUCUUGAUCCUACCAGCCAUAAAAUGCGGCCCCUAUCACCACUGCGUGGAGAUGUUUUACAGCGAAAAGGCCAUCAGUGUGUAUUCUACACACAGAGAAUGUUAUGGAACAACGCACGACGAGGACAAAUCAUGUAGCCGCAGUAAACAACCUUUCUUAAGUUUACCAGAAUCCAUUACGCGAAAUAAAAAUUACUUAAAGAUUACAUUUGAAAAAUUUUGUAAAGAAUCUUCGAACUUACAAGAAAAGGUGUUCCACUCGAAAAGA